AAAAUUUAAGAAAACGGAAAGUUCGCGAGAAAAUGCCCUGUGUCUGAGAAAUCCUAGCCGUGAAAGAGUGGUCGCCAUGGACAAGAUUCUGGAAGAGGUCAAAGGCAAUGUACAAAAGAAGUUUAACGAGGUUCGCGCGGCGCUGCAUAUGCGCGAGAAGCUGCUGCUGCGACAGCUGGAGGUCAUCGCCAACACCCAGCAGCAGCAGAUGCAGCUAAAGGCGUCGCCUGUGGACAGCUCGGAUAGUGCGGACCAGGGCGGUGUCCGCUUCAUCACUGGCGAUGGGGACGAGGAGGAGAAGCUGCUGGCAGCCAUUCGCAGCUUUGGCCACUUCCUGCUGGACAACAGCAACAUGCAGCUGGCGCUGCAGGAUUAUCGGAACACCGGACUGCGCAGUGAGGACUACAUCGAGCCGCUGGACGACCACGAUACGAUGUACAAAUACCUGCAGGACCGCAAGAUCUCCUACUAUGACCUGGAGGACGAGGCGCAGCCCGAGGCCAUUGUGGUGGACUUCUCGGGGAACAAGAGUGUCGUCGAGGAGAACGCCAAGCGUUCCAUUAUCAACAUAACGCUGCAGGAAGCCAAGGAACUGAUACGCAAGGCAAAGAUAAAGCGCGAUUCCCACGUGCCUGUGGCCGUGCCGCCGCUCAAUCUGGAAGAGCUGGACGAUGAGCUGGAGUCGUCAAUAGCCGAUGCUGUCUCCAGUCUGGGCCGAGAGACGGCCAAGUCGAAGAGCAGCUGCCUCGAGCUGCCAUCGGCUGAUCCCCCCACCAAGCCCAAGGGCCGCAAGCAGCGCUUCAAACCAAAAAUCACAAUCAACAACUGCAACGGCACCAUCAACCUGCGCAACAUCGCCAGCCUGACGAUCAACUGCGCCACCGAGGAGGCCGUCAGUGCGGAGAUACCGAUCGUGAAGUCUGCCGACUCCAGCAGCAACACCGAUCACUCCCACUCGCACUCUCAAUCGCAGUCGCAGUCGCAUUCCACUCCGACAACCACCGCCUCCAGCUCGAACUAUUCGAGCAACGCGAGCUCCCGUUCGCAGUCGAAGAAGCAGUCGAAGAAGAAUGCUAGGCCGGCGGCACAGACGGUGGAGGAGCCGCCAAAGCAGCAGGCCUCCAGCUCUGGCCAGUCAACACCGACCCCCAGGAACGGGUAUCGUUUUCAGGAGGUAGACACUCACGACGUCACCUGCGACUUCUACAAUCGCCUGCUCAACGAGAUCAAGAAGAGCAUGAAGGAGAAGCCGCGGCGCCCAUACAACAAUGUGCCAGAGCCAGAGCCAGAGCCAGAGGCACCCACAACGACCUCGUCUGUGCAGACAGCAGCCGCCGAUUCUAGCUGCGAUGCCAACUCCAACACAGUGCAGCCGUCGAGGCAAGAAGACGUGUCCAUAUCCAGCAGCACCACCACAACCACCAACACCCAGAGCCAAAGCCAGGCCACAGAGUCGGUGUCGGGGUCACAGAUAGCGCCGGGGAGGCGCUUAGUCCUCAAGAACUUCGAGAACUUGAAGAUCAUCCUAGAGGCAAACAGUGGGGACGAGGACUCCUUCCAUCCGGUGCAAAUCGAGCAGUGGCUGGCCGAGAUCAUAUCUGAAACGGACCUGGAGCCGAUGCAAAACACGGACAUUCUCGAGCACAGCCAGAUCAACAAUACCGAAAGCCCCUAGGCAGGCAGGCAGGCAGGCCAGGCAGCAUCCCAGCGAUAGCCAUAAUCCCACAUAAAUCGCAAUCAAUCCUUAAAACGCACUCAGUAUUCUCCCCCACAUAUACACAUAUUCACGACUAUUCGUACGUAGCUAUAGUUUCCCCUUGAAUUAGUUGUUUUAUCUCGAUCUGAGGACCCCCCUCAUGUACUUAUUGCAUUUGAUUUUGUGAUUUUAUCGUUUUGUAAGACUUGAAAGUGUACCAAUUUUAUGAGCCACUAGGCCUAGGCUAGCAUGUAAGAGCUGUAGGCAGUGUUCACUGUUCGCCACAUCAUACAUACAGUUAUAUAAAUAUAUCUCUAAUCGAAAUCGAAAUCGAAA